CUCCGACCUUCCCCUUCGCCGAUCGGUGACUUUCGCCCUCUGCUCGCCUGCGGCUCUGCUCUUCAACAAUGGGCAACGAAACCAGCCUGGAGGGCGGCGAAAGCUUGGCCGGGCUACCCGAAGGUGUGGCAGGGGCUGAUGCGGGAGACCCGGCGGGCGUGGAGGAGGACCUGAGCCGCCUGAGCCCGGAGGAGAGGAGGCAGAUCGCCGCCGUCAUGUCAAGGGCGCAGCAGGGGCUGCCCAAAGGAAAGACCGCCGGCCCGGAGGCGCCUCCCUCGACAAGAUAUGCUCAACCUGAUGGCAGUGAUCACCCAAAACAACUGGGUAAGCCUCGGGAUCCUGGGCCCCCCACACUAAGUAAAAGCAGAACAGUAGAUACACUGGAAACAGAGCAACGGAUACCUGGAAGAAGCACAUCAUCCAUGAGUUUGAGAGAGUCUAAAUCAAGGACUGAUUUUAAAGAUGAUCAGAAGCCAACUAUGAUGCCCAGCUUCCUCUCAGAUGCCAACCCAUUUGGUGCAGUCACUUCAGUUGUGAAUAAAUUCAAUCCUUUUGAUUUGAUAUCUGACUUGGAUACAAACCAGAAUGAAGGCUCCAAGAAGAUGAAGCCCACCCAGAAGGAACAUGAUAAAUCUGAGCAACAAGAGGGACUCUCCAAGCAACCAUUACAACGUUCAUUUCCAAAGCCAAGUAGUCCACAACAUGGGGCUGUCAUACCAGCCCCACAAAAAACAGGACCUUCCAAACAGGUACUGCAGGAGCAGCUGCAAUCUGGAAUGCCGAAGCAAAGUCAGAAACCAGGCCCUCAAUCAGAAGAAGCAAAACAGUAUCCAGGACCACCCACAUUUCAGUUCCCACAACAAGAGUCUACAAAACCUGCAAAAUCUUCACCGCAACAGUCAGGAGCUGAAACACUUCCCAGUGUGGACACUGCUAGAACAUCUUCCCAGACUCCUAUUCUUACAAAACCAGUAGCCCAGCAAGGAGCAUCAACUGCUAAACAGACAUCUCAGCAAUUAGAAGGUCCUGCAAAAGCUCAGCCAGCAGCACCCAGUAAACAACCAUUGCAACAUUCGGCUGGCCCUGCAAAAGCAGUUCCGCAGCUUGGAGGAUCUGUAAAACGUCCAUCUCAGCGGCCUGGAGUGCCUGCAAAGCCUUCCACCCAACACGCUGAGCCUACAAUUCAAUUCCAGCAGCAGGCAGGACCUAUAAAACCUGAUGAUCAACUGUCUGGGCCUUCCCAGCAGCAGCAUACAACUCCAUUGCACCCUGGAUUACUAGCCACAAAGAAAACCUUUUGCCCACUUUGCACUACCACUGAACUAUUGCUGCACAUUCCUGAAAAGUCCAAUUAUAAUACCUGCACCCAGUGUCAAACAAUAGUUUGCAGUCUAUGUGGCUUUGAUCCUAAUCCUCAUAUAACAGAGAUUAAAGAAUGGUUGUGUUUAAACUGCCAGAUGCAAAGAGCUUUAGGUGGUGACUUAGCUCCAGUCCACAGUUCUGGACUUAAGCCUUCUUCACCCAAGCAAGAAACUCCUGCUUCAGCCUCAGCAGCGAAAGCAAUUUCUCAACCACAGCCACCUAUGAAGAAGAAAGAAACUGCUCUAAAACAUGAUGCUACCAAGUCAUUGGAACACAAAAAACCACCAACACAAAUAAAACAACCAACUUUGCCCAGUCCUUCUCCUGCAAAAGCAAAGGCUCUUUCUGCUGAAUCCAAGCUAGCAGAAUCUGCCUCAAAAUCAGACCAGGCCAAGCCAUCAGGAACUGAUGAUAAACAAAAGCAGUCCAGUAUUCAGAAACUCACAAGUGAUGUUACAUCUAAUCCUUCACAAUCAGAUUCCAAACAAAAUGGCACCAAGCCUUCACUCACUCAACAUAAAAUGGAACAUCUUCAGAGAUCAGAAGCUGACAAGCUACCACAAGAUAAAUAUGUACCUGUUGAUAAAAUUACAGCUCCAGAUUCCAAAACCUUAUCUCAAGUGUCUCAUCAAAAGUCUGAAAUGAAACUUAGUUCUCAGCUUGGAUCCGGAUUGAAUACUAAAGCUCAAAAGCAAACUGAAUCAGUGGGAUUAAAAGAAUCUUCUAAGAAAAUCCAGUCCCAGAUGAAUCCUAAACCAGAUGCCAGACUGACUCCAAAAGGUCAACAAGCCUCAAUGGGUGCAAAACCCAGCCAAGCCCAGCUGCAGGUUCAGGCCCAACAACCUCCGAAAACACCAGAGCAAUCUAGGCGUUUCAGUCUUCAUGUAGGACGCAUUAGUGAUGCUCCUAAAUCACUUCCAACAACCCCUCAAGAAACGGUUACUGGAAAGCUGUUUGGAUUUGGGGCUUCAAUUUUUAGCCAGGCUUCCAGUUUGAUUACCACAGCAGGCCAGCCAGGAGUCCACACACAAGGACCUGCGCCUUUGCCCCCUUCGAAGCAGCCUCUUCCUCCAGGACAGCUCCCUGCUUUGCAAAAGGAUAUACCUCAACCAUCUCCCAAGAUGGCACCUCUGAAAAAAGAAACAAAGCCUCCAGUAGCAGAAAAGUCUGAGCCCUCCAAAGAAGACAUCUAUACCAAUAAAGAAACAGAGAAGAAGGCUUUGCCUACCAAAGCCUUCAAGUCUCCAGUUGUGGAAGCUGAAAAGAGUGCUGAUCCAACAGUCCAAGGUUCACUGCCAACAUCUGCUUGUCCUCUCUGUAAAAUUGGUCUAAAUGUGGGGUCUGAAGAUCCUCCAAAUUACAGCACUUGUACAGAAUGCAAGACUGUAGUGUGCAGCCUCUGUGGAUUUAAUCCGAUGCCACACAUCUCAGAGCUCUCACCUGCUUGCCUGGGAUGUGGUUUCAGUGCCUCUUCCCACUUCGUGGUCACAUGA